AUGAAGCACCUAGUUAACUAUGUUACUUUGUAUACUCUAGUCAUUCCACCACCGCACCAAGAGGAUCUGCCACCACCGUGCAGUUUCAACAUGACACCAGCGCGCACUUUGAACCUGACACCACCGCGCAAAGUGGGCCUGCCACCACCACGCAAAGUGAACCUGCCACCAUCGCGCAAAGUGGACCUGCCACCACCACACAAAGUGAAACUGUCACCACCGCACAAAAUUGAACUGCCACCACCGCGCAAAGUGAACCUGCCACCACCAUGCAAACUGGACUUGAGACCACAGCGCAAAGUGGACCUGCCACCACAACGCAAAGUGGACCUGCAGCCACUGUGCAGUUUGAACUUGGCACCACCGCGCAAUGUGAACCUGCCACCACCACGCAAAGUGGACCUGCAACUACGGCGCAAAGUGGACAUGCCACCACGGGGCAAAGUGGACCUGCCACCACGGCGCAAAGUGGGCCUGCCACAACCGUGCAGUUUAAACCUGGUACCACCCCACAAAGUGAACCUGCCACCACCAUGCAAAGUGGGCCUGCCACCACCACGCAAAGUGAACCUGCCACCAUCGCGCAAAGUGGACCUGCCACCACCACACAAAGUGAAACUGUCACCACCGCGCAAAAUUGACCUGCCACAACCACGCAAAGUGAACCUGCCACCACCAUGCAAAGUGGACCUGCCACCACAACGCAAAGUGGACCUGCAACCACUGUGCAGAUUGAACUUGGCACCACCGCGCAAUGUGAACCUGCCACCACCACGCAAAGUGGACCUGCCACUACGGCGCAAAGUGGACAUGCCACCACGGGGCAAAGUGGACCUGCCACCACGGCGCAAAUGGGACCUGCCACAACCGUGCAGUUUAAACCUGGUACCACCACACAAAGUGAACCUGCCACCACCGUGCAAAGUUAACCUGCCACCACCACGCAAAGUUAACCUGCCACCACAGCGCAAAGUGGACCCACCACCACCGCGCAAAGUGGACCCACCACCACCACGCAAAAUGAACCCGCCACCACCAUGCAAAGUGGACCUGCCACCACGGCGCAAAGUGAACCUGCCACCACGGCGCAAAGUGAACCUGCCACCACCAUGCAAAGUGGACUUGAGACCACAGUGCAAAGUGGACCUGCCACCACAACGCAAAGUGGACCUACAACCACUGUGCAGAUUGAACUUGGCACCAUCGCGCAAUGUGAACCUGCCACCACCACGCAAAGUGGACCUGCCACUACGGCGCAAAGUGGACAUGCCACCACGGGGCAAAGUGGACCUGCCACCACGGCGCAAAUGGGACCUGCCACAACCGUGCAGUUUAAACCUGGUACCACCACACAAAGUGAACCUGCCACCACCGUGUAAAGUGGACCUGCCACCACCACGCAAAGUUAACCUGCCACCACAGCGCAAAGUGGACCCACCACCACCGCGCAAAGUGGACCCACCACCACCACGCAAAAUGAACCCGCCACCACCAUGCAAAGUGGACCUGCCACCACGGCGCAAAGUGAACCUGCCAACACGGCGCAAAGUGAACCUGCCACCACGGCGCAAAGUGGACCUGCCAACAUGGUGCAAAGUGAACUUGCCACCACCACGCAAAGUGGACCUGCCACCACCAUGCAGUUUAGAGUUAACACCACCACACAAAGUGGAUCUGCCACCACCGCGCAAAGUUAACCUGCCACCACCAUGUAAAGUUAACCUGCCACCACCGUGCCAAGUGGACCUGCCACCACUGCGCCAAGUGGAUCUGCCACCACCAUGCCAAGUGGUCCUGCCACCACCACACAAGCCACCGCUGAAUUUGGACCUGCCACCACUGAAUUUGGACCUGCCACCACCGCACUGUGUGGACCUGCAACUAUCAUGCCAAGUGGAGCUGCCACCACCACUGAUUUUUGAGCUGCCACCACCGAUGACUUUUGACCUGCCACCACCACUGACUUUUGACCUUCCACCACCAUCGACUUUUGACCUGCCACCACCGCUGACUUUGGUCCUGCCACCACCGCUGACUUUGGAGCUGCAGCCACUGCUGACUUGGGAGCUGCAGCCACUGCUGACUUGGGAGCUGCAGCCACUGCUGACUUUGGACCUGUCCCCACCACUGAAUUUGGACCUGCCACCACCACUGAAUUUGGACCUGCCACCACCGCACUGUGUGGUCCUGCUAUCACCUUACCACGUGGUCCUGCUACCACCACACCACGUGGUCCUGCCACCACCAUAUAUAUACCAGUAA